AUCACUACCACCACUCCUUCUCUCUCUCUCUCUCUCUCUCUCUAACUUCAACCCUUUUCCACUCGCUCUUUCGCUCUCUACCUAUUCGCCUCUAACUAAUCCAAAUUCUUUCUUAAUUCACACAAACUCAAUUCACCUCCCUCAAAACAUGAUUUCACAGUAAGGAUACAAACACGGCAACCAAUUUCCAGAUAUUGACUACACAAUCUGAUUCUCAAAGUUUUCACAAAGAUCCCAACUCAACUUGUGAUCAAGCUAUAUCAAACCAGAGUCCCAAAUUACAGGUAUGCGCCUCCGAUGAAGAACACAACAAGCAAAACCAGCCUAACCGAUUUCUCAAUUCUGAGUUCUUCAACUCAGCCCAAUCGAUGAUCAAAGCUCGACCCAUCCUCAGUUCAUUAUCUAGGAUGGAAACACCAUUGAGAAUAGACCCAGAAACAUCGGCAUUAACGCCGUGAACCCGAUGAUACACCCAAAAUAUGAAGUCGUUCAAAUCUUGAUCAAAAUCAGAAACUAGAUAUACAAUGACGUAGAACUCAAUGAGAUGAUCAUGUUUCGUAUCUCAUGCACCUCAAACGAUGGCCAGAAAAAGCUGGAGAACCGCUGGAGCUGUCGAAGCUUGUCGGCGUCGAUUCUCUCUCUCUCUCUCUCUAAAUCUUUCUGGGUUCGGAGCUUUUAGGGUUUUAGAGAAAGACCCAAAUGAGAAACGAGAAAUUGAGGACCGAUCAAGAACUGGGCUGCACGAUUUUACUAGGGCUUCAAGAAAGGCUGAAGAAUCAGCAUCAAGGCGAUUACAAGCUGUUGAGUGGCUUGAAAGCUUUGUGGAGAAGGAGUUCAUUCCUUGCCUGAGAAAUGAUCUCAUCCUAUGCAAUGCCAUAAACAAGAUUCAACCCGAAUCAGUGCCUAGGGUAGUUCUUCAAUUUCUAUCCCCAGAUUAUUGGACUUCCCCCUCUGUUUCGUUAAUAAUUAAUGAGAAGAAACAAAGAAAGAAAGUACAAGUGAUAUAAUGCGUUUAUUGUGUCUAUGGACAAAUAUCAUAUCUUUAUAUGUUUAUUGGUAGAGAGUGAAAGAGGGAGUGGAAGCGGGUUGGAGUUAGAGAGAGAGAGAGAGUGUGUGGUGGUGGUGGUGGUGGUGGUGGGAGAGAAAGAAGGUGGGUUUGGGUCGAGGAGGUCUUGGGAGGGUGUGGAGAAGUGUUGGAAGCCAGGGUUAGUUUGGGAAAUUGGAUUCGAUGUGGACCCCACUUUGCUGAGUUGACAAUGCCACGUCAGCAGUUUAAUGUCGGAAAUUGACGAAAUCUCGACGGAGGGACCUAUUGGACAAGAAAUACUAGUGUGGGGUUGUUUUUGAUGAAAUUGAAAGUCAAUGGACUGAAUUACUGUUGGACCCAUACCACAGGGUACUAAACAGUGUUUAGCCCUUUAUUUAACUGCAA